CUUCUUGCCUGGGCACUGCAAUAGCCAGAUUCAUACAGGGGAUCAGGGAUGAUGAGGACGGCGUUACUAUGGGGUAUUCUUGUUCUACUUUGUCAGCAGGUGCUUGUGAGAUCCCAUGUGGUGGGCAGGACUUACUCAGCUAAUGACCUGGCCCAGCUAAAGAAUCUCCUUGAGCGCUUUGAGGAAACCAUGGUGGCUGUGGUCCAAGCAGAGGACCCUGUACCAGACUAUGAGGAGAUGAACCCCAACCCUGAGCAGAGACAGACUAACCUGGGAUGGGAUAGGACUCCAGAAGAGCUAAACCCCCCUCCAAUAGAGCCCAGGGAACCAGAUGAAGGCCACAGUCGAACGCAAAGCCAGAAGAGUCGUUUGCAGGACCUGCUCAUGGCCACGAGGAGUAAGCUGUCCGGGUGCUUUGGGGGAAGGCUGGACCGUAUCGGGACCUCCAGUGGUCUGGGCUGCAAUGUUAGAACAGGAUAGAAUGACCAGGAAAGUUUCCCAGGAUACAACGUCAUCUUGAGGAAAAUAAAACCUUUGGGUAAAACUACUGUUCCACUGCUCAGAUCGAUUCAGAAUCAACCUUUUCAAUCAAUUCAAGCAUUUUUGGGGGUUGAGGUUUGGAGAGCAAUCCUACAAUCAAAAGAAGUUCAACAAGCUGGCUCAAGUGACUCAUUUAGUUUUUUGAAUAUCUGUGUGAAUGUCAGCAUAGUACAUUUGUAUUAGCAGUCAGCAUGAAGGCCUUGGCAGGGCUGGGACAAUUCUAUAUUAAUGCAGUGUUCCAUUGGAUCUUCCCGACCAUACAGGAAGAUCUCACCAAAUGACUAUGGCAUUGCAGAGGGUCCUUGUUACGAUCUGCAACACCUCUUCGGGUUGUGUCUCAGUGAGCUAAUAAACUACUAACACACUGUCA